AUGUCCCGCUAUCCUUACCAGAUGCAAGCUGUAACAUUCUUCGCGAUUCUAUCUGUGCACUUUAUACCUGCGUCAGAGUCUCUGAUGAUUCAACUAAAGGCAACCCUCCUCCAUCAAUCGAUCAAUUCGUGGAGCAAGUUCCGGGCUAUGGACUUCUGUGGCACGACAAGACCAAGACUUGUACCUAUCAAGAAGGGCUCGGAGUACCUAUUUAAUGACUUGCGUACUACGGCACACGCUGAACAUCCCGAAGGGACGUCAUUCUCACUACCCCGCUAUGACUCCCCGCUUAUGUCUCCCAUGCUGAUUGCAGAGGAUGAAAUGUGA